AUGCCUUCUUCCGAGCGGAAUAUGCUUUCCAAAAUCCUUUUGUCUGCCGUCAGCCUCCUGCUUGCUAGUUUGCAGCACUUCCUCUGCACCAUGCUGCCAUUUAUUCCAGGUUUAAAGAAUUUCUUGCCCAGCCCACCAAAAGAGGAAAUCACCUUCCACAGCCCCAGGGGUUUGCAAUGCAUCUCACCCUUAAUGCAGACAGUAGAGGAGACCCCUCAGCCCAUCCCAGCAAAGAUCAAAGGACAUAUCCCCAAAUGGAUUAAUGGCAAUCUUCUGAGGAAUGGUCCUGGGAAGUUUGAGUUUGGCGAGGAGAGAUUUAACCAUUGGUUUGAUGGCAUGGCCCUAUUGCAUCAGUUCCAGUUGGAGAAUGGCACAGUGACAUACCGGAGCAAGUUUCUGCAGAGCAAUUCCUACCUGACUAACAGCCAGCACAACCGCAUUGUGGUCUCAGAAUUUGGAACACUGGCAAUGCCAGACCCGUGCAAGAGUGUCUUUGGGCGCUUCAUGUCACGUUUUGAGAUGCCACAACCAAGUGACAAUGCCAAUGUGAACUACGUUGUGUAUAAAGGAGACUAUUAUGUCACCAAUGAGAACAUCUUCGUGUACAAAGUGGACCCGGAAACGCUUGAAACGAAGGAAAAGGUAGACUGGAGCAAAUUUGUUGCAGUGAAUGGGGCCACUGCUCAUCCUCAUUAUGAGUCUGAUGGGACAACAUACAACAUGGGCAAUUCCUAUGGGAAACAUGGGUCUAGGUAUAAUAUCAUUCAGGUCCCUCCACAAAAGUCAAACUGUAGUGACACGUUAGAGGGAGCGAAAGUGCUGUGCUCCAUUGCUCCAAUGGAUAAGAUGAAACCUUCCUACUAUCACAGCUUUGGAAUGAGUGAAAACUACAUCAUUUUCAUUGAGCAACCCAUCAAGCUGAAUCUGUUGAAGAUUAUCACUUCCAAACUCCGUGGGAAAGCCAUUUCUGAAGGGAUAAGCUGGGAACCUCAGUACAAUACUUGCUUCCAUGUGGUGAAUAAGCACACUGGGGAGGUGCUGCCUGGGCAGUGGUACAGUAAGCCCUUUGCUACUUUUCAUCAAAUCAAUGCCUUUGAAGAUCAUGGCUGUGUGGUCCUUGAUCUGUGCUGCCAGGAUGAUGGAACAACUCUGGCUACUUACAAACUUCAGAAUCUGCGGAGGAGUGGGGAAGGUCUAGAUCAGGUUUAUGACUCAAUAUCCCGAGCUUUCCCUCGUCGCUUUGUUCUCCCACUGAAUGUGAAUUCAGACACACCUGUGGGGAAGAAUCUGAACCCACUGUCUUAUACAUUGGCGAGGGCUGUGAAAGAUGCAGAUGGCAAGGUCUGGUGCACACCUGAAAAUCUCCACCCUGAGGGCUUUGAAAACAUUGGGGGCUUGGAGUUCCCCCAGAUCAACUACUCUCGGUACAAUGGUAGGAGGUACCGUUACUUCUAUGGAUGUGGUUUUCAGCAUUUGGUUGGAGAUUCCUUGAUCAAGGUUGAUGUGGAGACCAAGAAUUUCAAGAUUUGGCAGGAGGAUGGAUUCUACCCGUCAGAGCCUGUGUUUGUGCCAGUGCCUAAUGCCACAGCAGAAGACAGUGGAGUCAUCUUGUCUGUUGUGGUCUCCCCCACUGAGAACCAAAGUGCUUUCCUGCUUGUCUUGGAUGCAGAGAGCUUCAGAGAACUAGGGCGAGCAGAAGUCGCAGUGCAAAUGCCUUAUGGAUUCCAUGGCAUCUUUACUUCCCACUGA